AUGGAAAAUUAUAUCAAAAUAAACGACACGCUAUUUGUGGACCUGAAUAACUACCACAAGCAGGUAGACGAAGCGGAAGACUUAAACAUUUUCGAAGGCAACUAUGUGGAAGGGGGUGCCAAUUACCAACAUGACGCGGAAACCAACAACAAAGUUGAAAUAAAACGCUAUGUGGACAUUUUUGUCGAGCUGGUAAAGGAUAAACAUGUCAGUUAUGAUAUUUCUAAAAAGUUUAAGGACAGCAACUUAGACAUUGUUAGGAUUAUUCAAGCUAUUAAUAAUUCCCAUGUGAAGGAGAAGGAGGAAUUGCAUUUCACAAGGCUGAUGAUGAUUAUAUGUUUAAAGAAUUACAUUUUUCAUUAUGUAAAUAAAUAUUUAAAGAACAUCAUAAAGGACUACGAGAGGAAUAAAUACAAAAAAGAAGUAAAAAACAUCGACUGCUUGAUAUAUAGCAAAGGCAGUGGGGAGAUAUGCAAGGACACAUGGAACAGUGGCCAACAGGAUUUGGAAGACAAGACUUAUUUACACAAUGGAGGUGACAACUUUCUGUUCAUUAAAUUUUUAAGUGAAGAUAUUUCCAAAAAUUUUGAGUUGCUGGAAAAUGGCGACAAUGCCUCGAAACAUAUUAGUGAAAAAGAAUGGGUAUAUUUGAAAGGAAAAAUUUUGCUCCUAAUUAAAAAUUCGUGUGUAAUUAACUGUAAUGGAAGCAAAAAGUUUGCCACCUUGGUGGAGUUCAUUAACAACAACAUGUAUAGAUCUUUUAAAAGGCACAAAAGCAUCGUAGAAAUGAAGAAAUUUAACAUAUGCUUAUAUUUCAUUGACAUAUUUUUUAACCUAUUUUUGAUAGAUUACCCCUUUAAGUGGGGAAAUUUACUAGGAGAUAUUUUCAGCACCUUUAAUUUUAUUUCUAUUUAUAAUAGUAACGAUUUAGCGAAUGCAAUAAAUAGUGACUACAACUCGACAUUGUGUUGCCUAAACGAUUUGAUAAAGUGCGGUGCUGCACCUAGUCAAAUGGAGAAUAUGAAACAAGGGGGGAAUAACGGAGAAAACAACACCCAUAGGGUGGUCAUACAUUUUCAAAACUUCUAUUCCCUCAUGUUUUUAAUGAACAAAAUGGUGAAGAAGUACAUCCCGAGGACACAGAAUAACCAUUCGUAUUCUGUGCUAUAUCACAGUUACUUCAUCUCGCAUAUAAAUGGUAGCAAUAAAGAUUUCCUGGAAAAUGGAGAAUAUAGCGCUUUAAAAAUACCAUGUGAAAAUUUGUUAGCAGGGUUUAAGGAUAUAAUAAAAAUAUUCUUCCCCCUUUUUAACCGACUAUUAUGUACUUUGUUGAAUUGGGUGGAGAGUAGUAUAUACGUCGUGUUUAUGGUGAAGAAGAUCGUUAAAUUUUUAUAUAAAACAUUGCUAUGCCAUUUUAGCAGCUUGCCAGAAGAGUUAAUCAUGAACGAACUUGAAAUAUUAUUCACAAAUAUAGUAAAUAUAUUAGACAUUGAUUUGAAUGCUUACGUACAUAAACUGUAUUUUACUAACACGAAUGAGUCCUGUUCUAAGGGAUCCAUAUCGGUUGCCAAAAUAACAGAAGAAACAUCAUACGAAAAUUUAAGCGAACUUAUUCAUAACAAAGAUGACAAUGUAGAUAAGCUAUUCUUAAUCAUCCUGCUGAAGUCGAAGAAGUGGUGCUUGAAAAUUUUAAAUAUGUUUUUGUACAGAUCCAUUUACUUCGAAGAAAUGAAUGAGACGUGGAAAUCGUUGCUAAAACAUUUCGAAAAUAAGUACAUAAUAUUCCUCGAGAAAAUUGCCCUUCUCAUUUUGAAAGCUAUUAUGAAUACGACUUACACAGACGAGGAAAAAAUGAAUUAUGACAAAUUAAUCUGUUACAUUAGAUACGUGGUAGACUUUACUGACUACUUGAAUUUCGCUGAUAAGUGCCUGUCUUUAUCGCUGAACUAUCUUUGCAUGAUAGUUUCCUUCGACCAUUUGCAGGUGUUCGUGAAGCAAAACAUUUUGAGCGAGGCGUUUUUAGGCUGUCUCUUCGUCCAUAUUGGUAGUAGUUCCCACGUGGAGUGCGUCGACAACUUCUUUACGAACGGAUGUCCACAAAAGGAAGAAAGCCUGCUAUUUGACAAUCUAAAGUUCGAGAGGUACAUCAUUUGCUUCCACAAAAUUCCGCUGUACCGAAAGUACCUGUCUGACUAUUAUGACGACACGAAGUCGAAGAACGUGUUGAAGAAGUAUGUCAAUUACAUCAUUUUUUUGUUUUGUGAAUUGUUGGAUAAGUACUUUUACGACAUCAUAUUUUACUUAGAUGCAAAUGUGAAGGAGCACUUGCGAACUUGUUUAGUUAUUCAGAACGAGUACAUGCACGUGCUUUACCCUGACAUGUUUGUGAAGAAGGAGAUGGACUUCUCCAAAGACGUAGUGGAAAUUAGCUGUUAUAAAAAGAGUAAUCUUUUAAUUAACGCAGAGAUGUGCAUGAGAACAAAGAAUCACAAGAUAUACAUAAACAGUGUGAUAUCCUGCAUUUCUGAAAUCAUUCAGAAGCACAUGAGGGAAAAUGACAUGCAGGACAAGGUGGACAUUUCUUUAUUUAAUUUAUUAAACAGUGACACAUUUAACAGCUUGAUUUUUAUCAUAAAUAACUUGCCAUUGUAUAAGUAUUCGCAGGAUGAACUCAUUUUUAAAGAUCUGUACAGCAUGCAGAAUAAGCACAACUUAAACUUGAGCAGUUUAAUCAUGAACGACAUAAAUUUGUACAAGUAUUUUUCCCUGUUUAUGUUUUUAGUGUACUACAAAUGGGUGUUUAUCAUGAAGGUGCUGCGUGGCGUCAUAGACGAGGGGGUGUUACUGGGUGGGCACGGAGUUCCCACGUCUGUAGCGUCUGGAGAGUCUGGCACAUUGCCCACGUGUGUCACUACCCAGACGGCUUCCAUGUCCCCCAAUAUUGGCGGUACCCCCGGCGAUCCGGAUGAUGGCCCAACUAUUCGUGAGAGCGAAGACUUGACGAUCGACGAUUACAUCGAGGAGUACUGCAAAAACAGGAAGAAGUACAAAACGCACUUUAGUAGUGAUGAAAAGGAAAUGGAAAUGUUUGACCAGAUUGUAACCGAUUUUAAGAUGAGAGAUAAGUCCUUUUUUCUUAACUACAUGCUGGUUAACAUAUUUCACCCGUAUUCGAAUAAUCUGAAAAGAGUAAUCAUGUGGAUGUUAAAGGAAUACAGUAGCAUGACCAGGUUCAGCGAAAACGUUUUGCAGUUCUUCUUUUAUACCUGUUUCAUAAAUCUGUUUCAUUUUGAGAAGCACUUAAAAUUUAAGUCAUUCGACACCCUGAUUAAUUUAAUGUACAAGUAUGGGAUUCCCAGGCAAAUUUUCUACAAUGACUUUAGAGAAAUUUUCACAUUUUUAUUUUUCCAACUGUUAAUUUUGUUCAUAAAAAAUGAGUCCAAUUCGCAUGACAAUGAGUUUUAUGAAGACAAUGUGAAUGUCCUUCUGAGUCCGAAUUACGAGAAGAGAUACUUUUUGAGCUACCUAACAGGGGAACAUAACCCCCUUUGCGAUUACACAUGGGAUAAGACAAAAAUGUGCAGCAGUUAUAUGUACAACCAAGUGAACUGCUUCACGGACUUUUUUAUCAAUGAUGUGUUGUAUCAUAAUUUUCAAUACUAUAUAGAAAAAAUGGAGGUGAGGCAUUUAAACCAGUUUCUAAAUUUUAUAUCGUUAUUUUACCAAAACGAGAUAAACAAUAAUAUUUUUUUGUUUAUCAACUUGCUGAACGAGUCUUUAUUGGACACCACUUCGUCGCACAUGUAUGGUAGUGACAAAGAGCAUUCUUCCUUUUUGAAAGCCUUGAAAUUUUUUUCCUUUUUUCUGGAACAUUACAAAAAUGCUAGUAGUACACAGGAUGUGCUCAUAAUAAAAGUACUACAGGGGGAAAAAUUCAUCGCGUACUUUAAGAAUAUAGUGAGGAGGGUUAAGAAGAAUCAGGUGUGUGAGGAAAUACUAAACGAGAUAUAUUACGUACUGCACAUUUUUACGAAGAAUUCUCUAUUCAAUUAUAAAAUAUUUUGGUUUUAUUUUUUGUAUUCUGUGGCGUCCAUUUCGAAGAGUUUAGAUAUAUUUCAGCUGAGGGAGAUAACCAAGUUGGAAAAGGUGGCGAACAUUCCUGUGUACCUAUUUCAAUUUUUCAGCAAUGUGAUAAGGAGGGAUGUUCUUUACUUCUUCUUUUCUUUGGCGGAGGAGAAUCCAUUCAGUGCGAAAUGUUUGAACAUUUCUCUGGUAGAAAUUUUUCGAAAAAUUAGUUUGUUACUAAUUCUACUGUCAGAAGAGAACUUAAAUGAACAGCAUUUUUGUAACAAUAGCACUUUGCAUAUAUGUGGGUUGUAUUUGUAUAACAAUUUGCUGUUCUACCUAUUUAUGUUGCUCGUUAAGAAUAAAAUAUUUUUUACGUACCUAUUUUGGGGCAAAUUGCAAAGAGCGUAUGACCUGCUUCAGGAGGAAGACGGUGCAGAGCUGAGCGAUAUGGACGAUGUCGUUUCAAAUUAUUCAUUUAGUAAGUUUGACGAAAUGAGUGGCACCAGCAGGGAUUGCAACAAUGGUGAGUUUGUUUUUCUGGACGAUGACUUUUUAGAAGGUAAUUGCGAAGAAGGCGCGGGCUACGGCGUGGGCGACGCGUCGGAGGAUGACCCAGAUGUGGAUGGAGGGGGGGGCAUAUACGUCGAUGUGGACGAGGAGGAAAAUGAAAAAAAUGUAAACACGGGUGAAGACGUGAUGAAAAACUACUCAAAGAACCCGAAGAGUCUUUCGAGCGACAUGUCAUUUCAGAGAAGCGAUAUGAACGACAGCAUGUAUGAGGCAGGGAUGAGUGGCGAAGGUUGGAAAGGGGAAGUUCUUUUCUACAAGGAGAUGAAAAAUUAUUUUCUUAACAAGAAGAAGAAAUUAAAAAGAAGGAGGAAGAAGAAGAAUAAGGAAAGGAAUAUUAUAAGUGAUACAAGUAAGUGGAGUAAUCCGAAGGGUGGUGAAACCACCAACAGCGUGCAUAGUAAUGUCUCCUCUCAGGGGAAUAUGAACAGCGGGGAUGGAGACCCCAGUAAGGAAAACAAAAUUGUUAAGUUACUAAACACAGUUUAUUUUAAUAUAUUUCUUUUGAAGGACAAAAAGAGGGAACACAUAAAAAUGUUACUAAAAACGCUGAAAUGUAUAAACCAGAAUUUGGUUCUGAACAGUUCCGAAAAUGAGUAUCACAAAUACACAAUGUUGCUGAUGUUACAGAAGAAGAGAUACAUUUAUCAAUCUCUCUCUCUGUACGUUUUUAUGGACAUACAGGAUUUGUUCUCCAUUAUGGUAAGUGAAAAUAUAUUGGGUUCCAUCAUCGAUGAAUGGUUAAAUGAUAUAUUUUAUAUCUACCAGAAUUCGGACGACUUGAAGUAUUUCAUUUUUGCCUUUUCGAACAUAUUGAUAUAUCUGUGUAUGUAUGAGCAGAAGAAAAGGGAAUCGAAUAGUUGCGCUGCCGGGGGUGAUAAAGAAGGAGAAGGAGAAGAGGAGAAGGGUUUUGCUUUCCUCAAAAGUACCAGCACUGCGCACAGCAGCAUGAACAAUUUUGACACCAUUUUGAGAGAAAUAAAAUGGGAAUUUUUCGAUGAAUAUGCCAUAAGACAGUUGAAGGAAAGACUACCUCGAAUUAUCAACGCUGUGGUGAAUGUCUUGUUGAUUCUUCCUAUACCGUAUGAGGAAAACAUGAAAAUGUUUAAGAAAAAUAUACUUAGGAGAUUAGCCCCCAUUUGUGGUGAAGGAGACAACAUUCAAAAUAAUAAUUUGCUAAAAUUUAACAGUGAUAACAGCGCUACGGAUAAUUUGAGCGCGACUUUCAAGGAAAUUCAUUUCAACGAUUUGCUCCAAAAUAUUGAAUUCAUGCAUUUGAAUAAGUACGAACAGAAAUUUUACGAGAGGAACCAGAAUUCAUUAAAAUUUUCCUAUGACCAUGUGGUUCAUAUUAACAAAUCGGAAGACUUAAUCCUUUACGAUAAAAAAAUAUCAAUCAACUAUUAUUUCCAAAGUAGCAUACAUGACGAUUUUGUGAAUAGGCUCGUUUCCGAGUGCAAUGACGAGCAUUUUAAAAUAGCUUUUUACGCACGCAAAGCCUUUUCCUUACUAAAUCAGGAGUUUUUUUCGACUGAUGAUUUGAUCCGUAUUCUUGGCUGCUCUGACAAGUAUUACAACUUUGUGAAUGUCAUUCGGCUGGACAUAUGA